CAUACGUCUAUGGGAGGCUGUGCUUUUUAAAUACAAAACAGUAUUUCUUCUUUAUAGAUACAUAAGUUGUCUUCGUUGAAUUACAGAGGCAAGACCCAUAAAAUCAUGGCGGGUAUGUUUGACCAGUUUGAACAACCUGCACAGAGGUCCGAACAUAACAAUACCUGGAAUCAGUCCGGAUUCAUUCACAUGAAGCUGGAACAAGAUGUCCCCAUCUUUGAAAAAGCAAGAAUGAAUUUCACUCCUUCCGAGAAAGUAACGCACGUCGCUAUAUCAAAUAAAUAUUUAGUCGUAGCAAUGGCAAACAGCAUACUGUUUCGAAUGGAUAUUCAACAACCCGAUCAACAGAAUGAAAUAUCACUAGCGAAGUACACAAAGUCCUGUCGUUUAUCUAAUAUGUUUCUGGAUCCCACCGGUGUACACUUAUUACUAAGCUUUUCACCACGUACUCAAGAAACAGUGUCGGAAUUACUGUAUUUGCCUAAAAGUUCACAUAAACUACGUGCCACAACAAAAUUUCGUGGUCUUGAAGUAACUGAAGUUGGUUGGAAUUAUACCAAUAAAUUUGAAGCUUCUACUGGACCCAUUUUGAUAGGUACCUCAAAAGGGCUCAUAUUUGAAACGGAAAUUUUAUUAGAAGGCGAUAAAUUUUUCACUACAGGAUUGGAAUUAUAUUGCAAACAGGUAUUUGACAUUGGGAAAGGUACAAAUACGCCUAUAAACGGAAUAGAAUUUCGUCAAAUAUUUAAUUCCGACAGGUAUUUCAUUUUUGUCGCCACACCAAUUCGUUUAUAUCAUUUCGUCGGAACAAUCGCUUCCGACGAGAAGCCAAUGCUGCAGCAAAUUUUUAACAAAUAUUUGAAUAUUCCCGAAAGUCUAACUUAUUACGAGGUGAAAAGCAAGUUACGCUAUUCUCGCCUAAAGUUUUGGUCUGAAAAUAACAGUAACCCUUCAGCACUGGCGUGGUUGAUCGAAGAUUGUAUUCUAUACACAAAGUUUGAUCCACUAUCCGACAAGGACAUCUCCGAAGUUAUGAAACAAUCGAAAGAAAUCUUUUACCCGAAACCCGUCUAUCAGGAUUAUUCCGUAUUGCAAAAACCGCCAAUCGCUUGCGUACUAACCGAGUUUCAUGUGUUAAUCGCAUACGUUGACAAAAUUAAGGGCGUGUCUUUGUUGAAUAAAGAGUUAGUGUACGAAGACAAUUACAACGAGGCCUUCGGGCGCCUGGUAAACAUAAUUAAAGAUCCUAUUGCGGGAACGAUAUGGGCCGUUGCGGAAAAUACUGUGUUUCGUUUUAAAAUUGCAAAAGAAGAUCGGAACGUAUGGCAAAUUUACUGUGACGGCAAGAAUUUUGAUUUGGCGAAGAGGUACUCUAGAAAUAAUCCGGUCCAUUACAAUCAUGUGCUAAUAAAGGAGGCGGAUAUGUUAUUUGAAGAAAAGAAGUAUAUGGAGAGUGCGAACGGCUAUGCCUUGGCACUGUCCGGUUUUGAAGAAAUUUGUCUCAAAUUCAUACAGGUGAAUCAACAAGACGCCUUGAAAACAUUUUUAUGCAAAAAACUGGAGACGUUUAAUCCUCACGAUAAAACUCAGAUCACCUUAAUCGUCAUAUGGGUCAUUGAACUGUAUCUCAAUCAACUGGAAAAAUUAAGAAUUUCUGGAAAAGAGCAAACGCCCCAAUUUUUUGACCUGCAAAAGGACUUUCAGGCCUUUUUGGCAUUGGAAAAAGUUGCUGAACGGAUUAAAAGUAUUAAAUCUACCAUUUACAAUCUUAUGGCUAGUCAUGGUGAUAAGACGAAUUCGAUUCAACUAACUAUCGUCCAAAAAGAUUUUGAGAAGUUGAUCAGAGAGCAGAUUUACAAGAAUAGUUUUCACGAGGCGCUAGACGUCCUUAAAAGUCAAAAUAACAAAGAAUUGUUUUACCAAUUUUCGCCGAUACUAAUGCAAGAAAUCCCGAAAUUCACGGUGAAGGCCUUGAUCGAGCAAGGAUCGAAAUUAGUUCCCAGAAGAUUAUUACCGGCCUUUGCAAAUUGUGAAGAUGAGUUGCACUGUAACGAAGUUAUCACUUACCUAGAAUUUUGUGUAGAGAAAUUGUUAAACACCGAACAUGCGAUACAUAACUUGUUAAUUUCUUUGUACGCUAAAAAUAAUUCGGAAAAAUUGAUGAAGUACCUGGAUAGUCAAGGGCAGGAUCUAACAAUGGUGCAUUAUAAUGUCCACUUUGCGCUACGAUUAUGUCAAGAACACAAGUUAACGCAAGCUUGUGUGCAAUUAUCCGCGAUGUUGGGCCUUUGGGAGUCGGCAGUCGACUUAGCAUUGACAAUUGAUAUAAAUUUAGCGAAACAAUAUGCCAACACUGUACAACAACACGAUACAGAACUUCGCAAGAAAUUAUGGCUGAAAAUUGCACAGCAUGUGGUUAGCGAAAAAGAUAAUAUAGAAAUGGCAAUGGAAUUUCUCGAUCACUGUGAUCUAUUGCGGAUCGAAGAUAUUUUACCAUUUUUUUCAGAUUUCGUAACAAUCGAUCACUUUCGAAAUGCAAUAUGUAAGUCUUUGAAGGAAUAUAAUAAACACAUUCAAGAUUUAAAAGACGAAAUGGAAGAAGCGACACAGUCUGCCGAUCUUGUGAGAAAGCAAAUUCAAACAUUUCGCAAUCGAUAUACUUUCCUACAAGUUGGAGACAUAUGUGAAAUUUGCGGGCUUACUUUGUUAACCCGCCCGUUUUACAUAUUCCCCUGCAAUCACAAAUUUCAUAGUGAAUGUUUACUCAAGGAAUUAAAGCCAAUGUUAGGGCCUGCUAAGAAAUUUAAAUUGGCAGAACUUCAACGGCAACAGAAAAUUUUAAGUACUCAAACGAAUACGGAUUCCGUAAGUACAAGUUCGUCGGGUAUUUCUGCAAGGGAUGUUGUCAAAGGGGAUAUCGAUAAUAUAAUCGCGUCGGAGUGCUUAUACUGUGGAGAAAAUAUGAUUAGGAAUAUAGACUUGCCGUUUGUAGAUGAGAAGGAGUAUGAUAAAGUUAUGAAAGAGUGGGAAUGAAUUGAAAAUAAACAAAAAUAUAUAAGCAGGGAGACAGACCUUUUCUUUUAGUUGUAUAUGCCAGGGUUAGCUGCUAAGCGAGUGUGUAUUGUUUAUUAUUUAUUAAAACCUCUAUGUUACUAGUUCAA